CUUGUCAUUCAGUCAUCCCAGGAAUUCAACAAGACUAGGGCCAGCCAGCUCGGCGUAACAGGGGCAUUUGAAGUUAAAAUCACGCAAUUGAUGCCGUGAAAGGUCAAGGAAAAUAUCGCGUGUUUGUCAAGAUAGAAACAGCGGCGCCUCCAGACACUGCAGCAUGCAGAUGUGAAGUCCGACAUCGGAGACCUGAGCUGCAACCCUGGACUGAGUACAUCCUCUUCAUCCCCUUCAUCGUCAUCAUACAUGCUCUUACAUGAAGAGAGGGGAGAAACCCGAAGGAUACAGACAGAUGAGACCCAAAACGUUUCCUACCAGCAACUACAGUGGCAACAGCCAACACAUGUUGCAGGAAAUACGGAACAGCUUGCGCAAUUUGUCCAAACCCUCGGACCCACCGAAAGUGGACUGUGGAGGAGCUGGAAAAAUGAUUCCCGAGGACCCAAGGCAACAGGGGCGCAUCAACGGGAAAAACCCCUACCACAAGGCCUUGCAAGAGAUCCGCAAAUCCCUGCUGCCUUUUGCCAAUGAGACCAGCGCUUCCGUCCCGGAGGUGAACCAACACAUGUCGCUGGAGCCCCCAUGCACUGGGUUUGAAGAGCAGAGUAACAGUCGCAGUAUGGGGGCAGUUAUAGACUACAUGGGUAAGGUGAGCUACCAGGACUCUGUGUGGGAACAGAUGGUUGUUGCCAACCCCAACACUGCAGGUCUGAAAGCACCAGGAUCUUCUCAUAUCCAGCAGGCUGUGCUGAGGAGGCCGAGCUGGAAAGGCUCGAAGGAGUCUUUGGCGCCUCGACAUGGUCCCCUCAUGGUGGAUGGAAUGAUGUACCGCUCAGACAGCCCCGGACCUCCUCCAGCCUUCCCACAGGGUCACCCUGCUAACAGCCAGAGAGUCAACCCUCCACUGCCGCCCCAGGUGCGCAGUGUCACACCUCCACCAAACCGCGGUGCCAUGCCUUCUGCACCAUCCUGGGACAGCAACCCGUCAACCAAGCGCUACUCUGGCAACAUGGAUUACCUUUUGCCGCGCAUCUCUCCGGUACCCCAGGGGGCCUGGGCUGAUGGGUACCAAUCGUCAGCACCUCAAAAUCAGCGUGGGAUCAGUCCAGUCCCUGUGGGCCACCAGCCCAUCAUAAUGCAAAGCUCUGGGGUGAAGUUCACCUUCCCCCCUAGCUGGUCUCAGAGUGGCUCCCCUCAGCCUGACUACAUGUCAGGGGGCAGUAGACAGCCUCCUCCUCCUCCUCCUUACCCAGUUAACCAGAGCAGCCGGCACAGUCCCACAGACCAGCAGAUGCAGUCAGGAGGGCCGGCAUCCUCUCCCUCUUACAUCAACGGUGGAAAUAUCCCUCAGUCCAUGAUGGCUCCCAGCCGGAACAGUCACAACAUUGACAUGUAUAACCUAGGUCCUCCUCAGUCUUGGUCCCAGGCUCCUCUGAACCCCAACCAGCCCCAAUCUUCUCUUGGCAACCAGGAUCUGUCCCCGUCAUGGCAGCACAACAAACCAGUGCGCUCGGAUUCCUUUAACAACCACCUGCUGAACAGCAGACAGGUCCACCCAUCCAACUCCCAGCCCUCUGCCACCACAGUCACUGCCAUCACCCAGGCUCCCAUCCUGCAGCCAGUCAAGAGCAUGCGUGUCCAGAAACCCGAGUUACACACUGCUGUUGCUCCCACACACCCUCCAUGGAUGCAGCAGCCUCCACCAUCUCCAGCUGCACCUGCUUACCCAGAACCCCCAGCCCCUGUACCUCAGAUCUCCGUUGUCGCAGAAGUACCCAGCUACCAGGGUCCCCCGCCACCCUAUCCUAAGCAUCUCCUUCAACAGCAAGCAGCUCCCGGCCCCCCUGCCUACGAUCUAGCGGCCAACAAACUCAGCACGGGCAGAGAGGAGCCCGCUGAAGAGGAGAGCGGCGGCGUUGACGGCUCCCGAGACAAGACGGCGGAGAGCACGGCAGCAACAGAGAAGGAGAAGAAGCAAAUCACGACAUCGCCUGUUCCCGUCCGCCGCAACAAGAAAGACGAACAACCGAGUGGGGAGUCCGGAAGAAUUGCACUUUACUCCCCCCAGGCCUUCAAGUUCUUCAUGGAGCAACAUGUGGAGAAUGUCCUAAAGAACCAUCAGCAGAGGAUUCGGAGGAGGAAUCAGCUGGAAAGUGAGAUGCAAAGGGUGGGUUUGUCCUCUGAAGCUCAGGAGCAGAUGCGUAUGAUGCUAUCCCAGAAAGAGUCGAACUACAUCAGGCUAAAGCGAGCCAAGAUGGAUAAAUCCAUGUUUAAAAGAAUCAAGACCCUCGGCAUCGGAGCCUUCGGUGAGGUGUGCUUGGCCAGAAAAGAGGACACGGGCGCGCUGUACGCCAUGAAAACGCUCCGCAAGAAGGACGUGCUGCUCAGAAACCAGGUGGCCCACGUCAAGGCCGAGAGGGACAUCCUGGCUGAGGCAGACAACGAGUGGGUGGUGCGUCUCUACUACUCGUUCCAAGACAAAGACAACCUGUACUUUGUCAUGGAGUACAUUCCCGGAGGGGACAUGAUGAGCCUUCUCAUCCGGCUGGGCAUCUUCAAAGAAGAGCUGGCCCAGUUCUACAUUGCAGAGCUCACCUGUGCUGUGGAGAGCGUCCACAAGAUGGGCUUCAUCCACCGAGACAUCAAGCCUGACAACAUCCUCAUAGACCGAGAUGGACACAUCAAAUUGACGGACUUCGGCCUUUGCACCGGCUUCCGCUGGACGCAUGACUCCAAGUAUUACCAGAGUGGUGACCACGUGAGGCAGGACAGCAUGGACUUCAGUAAGGAAUGGGAGGACCCGACCGACUGCCGCUGUACAGACCGCCUGAAGCCUCUGGAGAGGAGAAAGGCCCGGCAGCACCAGCGCUGUUUGGCACAUUCACUGGUCGGGACGCCAAACUACAUCGCGCCAGAAGUGCUGCUCCGGACAGGAUACACCCAGCUCUGUGAUUGGUGGAGUGUUGGCGUCAUCUUGUAUGAAAUGGUUGUCGGGCAGCCUCCCUUCUUAGCGACCACACCCCUGGAGACGCAGAUGAAGGUGAUAAACUGGAAGAGCAUGCUGCACAUCCCCCCGCCCGCCAAGCUCAGCCCCGAGGCGUCGGACCUCAUCGCCGAACUGUGCCGCAGCCCCGAAGACCGUCUCGGCAAGAACGGCGCCGACGAAAUCAAAGCUCACACUUUCUUCCAGAACAUCGACUUCUCCAGCGACCUGCGGCAGCAGGUGGCGCCGUACGUCCCCACCAUCGCUCACUCCACAGACACCUCCAACUUUGACCCCGUGGACCCGGAGAAACUGUGGAGCAGCGACAGCGACGGCGAGGACAACCUCAAUGACACGCUCAACGGCUGGUUCCGCAUCGGCAAGCACCCCGAACACGCCUUCUAUGAAUUCACCUUCCGCCGCUUCUUUGACGACAACGGCCAUCCCUACAGCUGCCCCAAACCCAUCGAGUACGAGGGUUAUGACGGGGAGGAGGCGGACUCUGAGGGCCCCGUGCAGGAGGCGGCCAGUAGCUCGGCUCCUCAGGGCCGAGACCUGGUCUACGUGUAGCACUUGAAGCCCGCUGGGCUGCUUGUGCAUUACAAGUUUGUUGAGGGGCAGGCCCUCUUCAGUGUCCACUGCUGCUGCUUCUGUUCGUGUGUUGUCUGCUUUCCUGUUUCAUUCCCCAAAGUACCGACGGUACAAACUCUUCAUACAGCACUCUGAGCAGAGAGAAUUAACUUCUUAAUGGCCUUUCACACUACCUGCUCGUCUCAACCAAAGCACUAAAUGAGUGGGUUUGACUGUUUGACUGACUAAAAGCAAGG